AUGACUCAGCAGGGCAGCUUCUCUAGAAGCAGACAACAGAAGAAACCAUAUGAUAGACCUCAGCAUUCUACUCCAGAAAAUGUGAGAUGCUUCGAAUGUUGCAGUGCUCACUUCAAGCGUAAUUUCCCUAAUCUGGUUGAAGUGAAGACGGAGGAAAGAAGAUGCUACAUUUGCAAUAAACCAGGACACUUCGCGAAUACUUGCCCUGAGAAGAAGUCAGGGAGAAGAUCACAGCAACAAAAGGCUUAUGGUGAGAAGCCUCAGGCAGCUGGCCAAGUGUUUGCAUUAUCUGGUGUGGAAGCUACCCGGUCAGCAUGUGUGAAAGAACUUGGUUUGUCUACGGGAAAUUUGGGGUGUGAACUGGUGGUUGCUACACCAACGUCAGUGUUGUCGCCGUCAAAAGAGGCG